GCUGCAGCCGGGACAGGGGGCCCUUGUCCGGAGCCAGAGCCGGAGCCGGAGGUAUAGCCGGGCCGGGUCGUGGUCCGACCCCAUUGCAGUCCGAGCCCCAACCCCGGCCCCUCUCCCCCUCCUCCCCAGCCCCUUUGGCCUUGGCUUUAGCUGUGGCCGUGGUAGCAGCGGGGCCCAGGCCGGUCCAGCUCAGCUGAAUCGCUGAGCUCGUAGGCUCGCUCCCCCGGGACCAUGCUGGGCAUGUACGUGCCCGAUAGGUUUGCGCUCAAAUCUUCCCAAGUUCAGGACGGCAUGGGCCUUUACACAGCCCGAAGAGUGCGAAAGGGUGAAAAAUUUGGCCCAUUUGCUGGAGAGAAGAAAAUGCCUCAGAAUUUGAAUGAAAGUACGGACUACAGGUUGAUGUGGGAGGUGUGUGGAAGUAAGGGCCAAGUCCUCUAUGUCUUGGAUGCCAGCAAUCCACGUUUCUCUAACUGGUUGCGCUUUGUUCAUCAAGCACCCACCCCAGAGCAAAAGAACCUGGCUGCCAUUCAGGACGGAGAAAACAUCUUCUACUUGGCAGUCGAAGAUAUAGACACAGACACAGAACUUUUGGUUGGUUAUCUGGACAGUGAUAUGGAAGAGGAGGAAGAGGAAGAGGAAGAGGUGGAAGAAACAACCAUGAACAAAGAAACUCAUGGAAAACAUAUAAGAAAAACACCAUGUCACAUGAAAGAACCUUCAAGUUGUAAAAAGGACCAUGCCUGUCCCCACUGUGAAUCAAGCUUUGCCAGCCAGGAGAUCCUGGCUGAACACCUGCAGAUGCUGCAUCAAAAGCCCAGUGAAGAGAAGGAAUUCAAAUGCAAGAACUGUGGAAAGAAAUUUCCCGUGAAGCAGGCUUUACAGAGACACAUCCUUCACUGCAUGGAGAAGACCUCCCCAGGGGAUUCUUUGAAGACUUUCCACUGUUAUGUUUGCAAUACAUCCCUGUGCUCAGAAUCGAGUUUGGAGCAACACAGAGAGGCAUGCCAAGGGGAUCCCCAAUUUAUCUGCAAGGCUGAUGGCUGUGGGAAGAGAUUCAGAAGUAAAGAUGCUCUGAAAAAACACAAGGAAAACAUUCAUGUUGGAAACCCCAGAAAAAAGCUCAUAUGCACAGUGUGUAGCAAGAAGUGUUCUUCACUGUCAACUCUUCAGGAACACCGGAAGGUCCAUGAGAUCUUUGAAUGUCAGGAAUGCAACAAGAAAUUUAUUACCCCCAAUCAGCUAAAGCGCCACAUGAUUACGCAUUCUGAAAAACGUCCCUACAACUGUGAGGUUUGCAAUAAAUCCUUUAAACGGAUUGAUCAGGUGGCGGCACACAAAAUUAUACACAGCGAAGACAAACCUUACAAAUGCAAGCUUUGUGGCAAAGGAUUUGCCCACAGAAAUGUUUACAAGAAUCAUAAAAAGACCCACUCUGAGGAGAGGCCCUUCCAGUGUGAGGAAUGCAAAGCUUUGUUCCGGACCCCCUUCUCUUUGCAGAGACACCUGCUAAUACAUAACAGUGAAAGAACUUUCAAGUGUGAUCAGUGUGAUGCUACCUUUAAAAGGAAAGAUACCUUAAAUGUUCACAUCCAGGUGGUCCAUGAUGGACACAAAAAAUACAAAUGUGAUCUGUGUGACAAGGCGUUUGUAACACCUUCUGUGCUUAAAAGUCACAAAAAAACACACACAGGAGAAAAGGAGAAGAUAUGCCCAUAUUGCGGACAAAAGUUUGCAAGUAAUGGGACACUGCGAGUACACAUUCGGAGUCAUACAGGUGAGCGCCCAUACCAGUGUCCUUACUGUGAUAAAGCUUUUAGCAAAAAUGAUGGAUUGAAGAUGCAUAUCCGGACCCACACUAGGGAGAAGCCUUACCAGUGCACUCAGUGCAACAAAGCCUUCAGUCAGAAGCGAGGUCUGGAUGAGCACAUGAGGACACACACCGGAGAAAAGCCAUUCCAGUGUGAUGUUUGCGACUUGUCCUUCAGCCUAAAGAAAAUGUUGAUCCGCCACAAGCUGACCCACAACCCCAAUCGUCCUAUGGCCGAAUGCCCCUUCUGCCACAAGAAGUUCACCCGGAAUGACUAUCUCAAAGUGCAUAUGGAGAAUGUCCACGGAGAGGCGGAUAGCUGAUCAGGUGAUGAGGGCUCAAGAUCUGGAGCUGUGAUCUAGAUUCAAAGUAAGUGCAAAAGAUAAGCAAUCAGCAUCCUGUACACUCUAUUUGUAGCAGAAGAUGUGUAGAGAAAGUGAAGAAUAUGCCAUAGCCCAUUUGAAUGAACCUGCUAUGUUGAAUUUAUGAAAGACUGAGAGGUGUGCUGGAGUUGUAGCCAGGUUCAAUGGAAGAGAUAUCAACAUUGAAGAAGGCACAGAUAUCUUGGAGAUUUAAAAGAUAAAAAAAAUAAGGGUUCUUGGGUCAGUAGACCAAGCUUUCCUCAUCCAACGGGUGAAUUGGGCACAUAUUAUUAUAUGUAUUUUAGAUAAAGAGAGAUAUAACUCUCUCUAUAUACAAAUUUAUUACAUGUGUGUCCAAAUGUUUUGCUCAUAUCAGAGCCUGAAAAAAAAUCUUUAUUUUUCAAGGUUAAAAUUAAAAGUAAAGACUUAGGAUAUUAGCAACUUUAGAAGUCGAUAGGAGUUGUCUGGAAAAGGGGCCACGUUGUUCUUUUCUUUGCAUUUUGAGUAAAUGACCCUGCCCUUAUGAAACAUUUCUCCAUCUGCCAAGAGAACUCAAACAUUCUACAGUACUCUCUUUUCUUUCCUUCUUUCCCUUUCCUUUCCUUUCCCUUUUAUAUUAAGUCAUUCACAAAUAAAGAUAGCUAGGUAAUGCAGUGGAUAGAGCCUGGAGUCAGAAAGAGUUGAGUUCAAAUUCAACCUCAGAAAUUUACCUAGCUCUAUGAUUGUGAGCAAAUCAUUUAACCUCUGCCUGCCUCCAUUUCCUCAUUUAUAAAAUGGAGAUAAUAAUAGCACCUACCUCCUAAGAGUGUUGUGAGGAUCAACUGAGAAAUAUUUGAAAAAUACUUAGCACAGUGUCUGGCACAUAGUAGUCACUAUAUAAAUUAUUAUUUCCUUUCUUCCUUCAAGAUUAGAUUUAGGAUAUGCUUCCAGAUUUCUUCCUCUGCCUCUUUUUUUAAGGGAUAAAGUAUUUGUAAAGUGUUUUGCAAAACUUUUGAAUAUUACAUAAAUUCUAGUGACUAUUAUUAUUAUUCCUAUUACUAUAUAGAGAAAGGAGGCCUUGAAGCCAAUGUAGUCCCAACUCCUUCUUUUACAAAGGAGGAAGAUGGUGCCCAGAGAGGUGAAAUAACUUUCCUAACAGCACACAAGUAGUAGGAGAUUUGAACUUAGGUCCUCUGAAUAAAUCCAAUUUUCUUUUACCACCUCAUGCCAUUAUUCCAUUCUGUUCUGGAUUAUGAUUAUUUAUUAACAUAUGUCUAAUCUUAGUUUAGUAUAUAAAUGAUCAUUUUAUAAGGGAAUUUCUUGGGUAUUCACAUACCAUUCUGCCAGGAAUGUGUAAAGACAAAUUCCUUUAAACUUAUAACCAGAGUCCUAGGAUAUAGAUGAAUUUUUGUUUUUAACCAUCCCUAAAACUAGGGAACUGAUUUUUUAAAGUAGAACUCUUAAAAUUAUUAUAUAAACUAAACUUGACAUUAAUACUUACUGAGUUAAGAAACUUGUCCACUCUGUUCCUUCCACUGGACUGAAAUUUACAGUGAACAGACAUUAGGUAGAGGGGAAGAUGAAUAUAUACUAAAGCAUAGAGACAGAUGUCAAAAUGGUAGCAGAGCAUUCAAAAUGAGGGAAGAUUGAGAAUGAAAUCUCUCUUCACAUACUUGCCCUUUCAGGGGUGUAGCUCUUCCUGAAAAGAAGUCAAUCAAAGAAAACUGUUGUGUUCUAAUUUGUCCCAUUCCCCCCAAAAAUCACUUGCCUGCCCCUCAUGUUUUUCUAUAGAUAUACUGCACUCAGAUCCAACUUUUUCCAAGGAAAAAUAUAAAGAAAAUCUGGAAACUGGUCUAAAACAUAACAGAAAAGCCUACAUUUGAAAUUUACAAAAGAUGCUCUUUCACAAAAUGAAUUCAAGAACUGUAACCUAGAGAAAUGAAAUGAGUGUCAAUGUGGCCUUACAUUUCUGAAAUUCUUGACUAUACACUGGCUGUUUUAUAAAAAUAGCUUGAUCAUAUUUCCCUCCAUGUCACUUAGUGCAAUUGCAUAUUUGAAAUGCAAAAUGUUUUCAAUUAAAUUUGACAUGAUAUGUAAUAUCAUCUGAAGGCAAAAAAUGAGCAGCUGUAAAAUCAUCUAGUGUAUCUAUUAGAGCAGCCAACCUCUGCACAUUUCUUGGAACAUCCUUCCCCACCCUGAGCUGCUUAAUUUCCUGCAUAUGUGACUAUGAAGCCUGAGAGAAGUCCAAAUACCAGUUGUGAGUAAUCUUGGUGCUCUGUGUAUUAUACCAUGCUACUGGUGAGAUUAACCUGGAAAAAUUAGCCUGCAUGGCCAAAUGCAAUGGGGAUGCCUAACCAACUCAUAUGAUGGGCCAGCAUCAUGCAAUAAGUAUCAUUGAAGGAAGGUGGGAUUUUCCCCUUCUUAAUCCUAUUUUUGAUGUCUUUUCUUUUUCUGUCACAUAUAUUGAAUAACUCCUUCUCCAACUCCUAUUUAGCAAGUCAUAAUUAUUAGAAAGAGACAGGGUCAGAGAAAGUUGUGAAGAGGGAAGAAAAUAAGCUUUUAUAUUAUGCCUACUUACUAUGUGCCAGUCAUUAUUCUAGGCACCUUUAUAAAUAUUAUCUCAUUUUUAUCAGUUAGGUGGCACAAUGGAUAGAAUGUUGAGCCUGAAGUCAGGAAUUCAUUCAUCUUCCUGAGUUCAAAUCUGACCUCAGAUACUUGUUAACUGUGUGACCAAUGGAAAGUCACAUAACCCUGCUUGCCUCAGUUUCUUCAUCUCUAAAAUGAGCUGGAGAAGAAAUUGGCAGACUACUCCAAUAUCUUUGCCAAGAAAACCCCCAAAAGGAACUGACAUGACUAAAACUACUAAACAAUAACAUAUUCUUCAAGGUAGGUACCUUUAUUAUACUAAUUUUUCAGUUGAGGAAACUGAGGGAAGAAGAGAUAAGUAAUUUGCUCAGGAUCACACAGCUAGUAAAUAUCUUAAGCUAGAUUUAAACUCGGGUUACUCUAUCAAGUAUAUCACUAACUGCUGAGAAAGACAGACAGAGAUAGAUAAAGUAGUUUAACUAAACAAACCAACACAUUGAUAGUCAGAGACUCUGUUGGCAAUAUUUAAAAAAAAAUGAACAUAGUCCCCCACAUCUUCAAAGGGAGGUAUAUUUUGUUUAUUAUAAGUAUGCCCUUUAGUUCUAUUCCUCCUGGUGCUUUCUCUUUGCAUUUCUGUAAACAAAGUAGUUUCUGUUAUUUUCCUAGUUCUACUUCUCUGACUUCUUUGUACCUAUUAUAUUAGCAAACUAGGUGGCAUCAGGAAGACAAGUUCAAAUCUGGACUUAGAUACUUAAUAGCUAUAAGUUUCUAGAGAAAUCUCUUAAGGUGUUCCUUAGUUUCUUCAUUUGUAAAGCAAGGAUAAUAAUAGAACUUAACUCACAUGAUUGUUGUGAAGAUCAAAUGACAAAAAUAUGUAAAGCACAUAGAAAAUUUUAGAGUACUAUAAAUGCUAUUUUUAUGGAUGUUACUAUUAUUCUGUUGUUUCUUACAGGACAAUAACAAAAUUUCAUUGUUGUACCAUAACUAGUCUAGUUAUUCUUCAGUUGAUCGAUAUUCAUUUCAUUAAUUGUUAUUUGCUCUUCUCUCUAAAAAAAGUACUGUUGUGAAUAUUUUUGUUCAUAUGGGAUCUUAUUUGUCUUUGACCUCCUAUGGGCUCAUGCCUAGCAGUACAAUCUCUGAAUCAAAGGUUCUGGUCAUAAAAUAAUCCUUGCCAAUUUGAAAGAUAUGAAAUGAUUCCUCAUAGUUAUUACUUGCAUAGUUGAGGUUAUGAAUAGUUUGUAUUUCUCUUCCUGUUUAUUCAUAUCAUUUAAUACUCCAUUGAGGAAUUAACCUUAAUCAUUUUUAUGAUAAUUCCCAUCAUAUCUUGGGAAGGAAAAAUUUUAGAACAGUCUAAUAAAUUGUCAGCAAACAAGUGACAUAAUAGAUAUGGUGUCAGGCCUAAAGUCAGGAAGAGUCUUCAUGAGUUCAAAUCUGGCUUCUGACACAUAAGAGCUGUGUGAUCUUAGGCAAGUCAUUCAACAGUUUUUAUCUCAAUUUCUCAUCUGUAAAUAAAGCUGGAGGAGGAAAUAGCAUGCCAUUCGAAGAUCUUUGCCAAGCAAAUUCCAAAUGGGCUCAUGAAGAGUCAUAUGCACUGACACAAUUCAACAACAAAAAUGAAUUGUCUGUUGUCUACCAUCUUUCUAUUUCACUUAAACUGCAACCAAAUCAAUGCUAAAAACCACAGAAUUCUAAUUAAGCAAAGAAUUCCCAGACACAUUAGCAUAUGUAUCCUUUUAAAAAGAUAUCACUAAAUUUUAAGACAUUUGUCCACAUCAAAACGAGAAUAAGUUUUACAAACUUUGGCUUGACUAGAGACCUAGAAAAGAAACUACAGAAAAAAAGAAACUACAGAAAAAUUUAAUUAUGUACAUGUGUUUAUUUGCAUCAUAUCUCUUUGUUCCUAUGUUGAAAUUUCCCAAAAGUUUAGAACCUGAAUAAGAUGUUUCCUUCUGUAUUGUAUUUAUCCAUGAACAUCACUUGUAAUCCUACAAAAACUGCAAAGAUGCUCAUGAAACACAGAAGACCCCCAAGUUAAUUUUAGGGUAAUCUGCUUAUAUUAGAGGUAUGUAGGUGGCAGAGUGGCUAGAGUGUGGACCUAAAAUUAGGAAGUUCCUGAGUUCCAAUCUUGCCUCAGACACUUAUUAGCUAAAUGACUUUGGGGAAAUCACUGAUCCUUCUUUGCCCUGGUUUCCUUCUCUGUAAAAUAAGCUGGAGAAGGAAAUACAACUGAAAAAAAUUAAACCCUAAGAAUCUGAAUACAUCUAAAUUAUGUUAUAAUUUUCCAUGCAUAUUCCUAAAAUCCCUUUUAGAUUUUAAGCUACUCAAGAGUGGCACUUAUCUUACUUGUAUUCCCUCUAGCAGAUAGCAUAAUAUUGCAUACAAUAGGAAAAGGAUCAGGACUUGACCGGAGAUUCCAGUGGUAUUAGAAACUCCCAAUUGAGAAAACUCCCUCUAUCAAUGAAGAUUGGCACUCUGAAAGUUGCCUGGAGUACUGAAUGGUUAAGUAUUUUGCCCAGGGUCACAUUGUUGGUAGAUAUCAGAGACUAGAAAUCUAACUCUGAUCUGCCUGAUUUGUAGAACAGUUCUCUAAUCACUAUGUCAUGCCAUUUCUCAUUCAAGUAACAGGGAACUAGAAAAUAUUUAUAGAAUAUUGAAUGAAUCUUAAGUAAUGCAUGCAGGUGUUAUUUUAUAAUUGUUGCUGGUUAUAAACAUCAAAAUGAAGAUUCAUUGCCUCAUCAUAACUGCCUUAUGUAGUCUUGUUCAUUUUGUGUGUGUGUGUCAAAAUCUGUACAUUAUUAUUGUUCACAUUCAUAUAAGCAGAAUAUCUGAGACCAAAGUAUAAAAUUCCAUUGCUAGAGUCAUUUUUAUUUGAGAGGAAAUUCAUGCUUAGAAUGUAAGCUAUAUAAGGGGAGGCAAUGUCAUGCUAUUAUUUUUGUUUCUUAAGUGUCUGGCUCAUAGUAAACACCCAAUAAAUGCUUGCUGAAUUGAAAUAAAUUAUUCUAACUGAUCCA